CAAAUGACAUUUGCUUAUAUAAUUGAUAAAUAAUAUUUUACUGGAGAAUGCAUCAUUCAUCAUUAUCAUCAAUUUAGAAAUAAAUUUAAAAAAAUUCGCGUUUCAAACAAGAUUUUUGGAGAUCUAACUCAUUCACCCUUGUAAUUUGAGGAGCCAACUCCCGAAUUUGGCUGGAAAAUAUACUCUUGAUAUUAAAAACGACGCGAUUCGCGAAAUCAAAAUGAAGAAAAAAACGAGUUUAAAAUUAUGGUAAAAUCUUUUAUGGGAUUAGAUUCAUUAAAAUCCGGAAAGAUUUCCCCCUCAAAUUUCGAAUAAAAACCUCAAAGUCAAAACGGAAUGAUUGGGAAAAAAACUCCUAUCAUAAUAUAAAGAAAAUUCGAAGGUAUCCUUGCACAUUCGAGACUGAAAAGAACUAACUUUGUUUUACACAACUCACAAAUAACUCGAAACUUAUAGAGGACCUUCUAUUUUUUACGAAGGAAACUUAAGAAGGAAAAACCGAGGAAAGACAUAGGUCAUAACUGCUGAGAGACACCGAGAUAUGAAACCUUUAAAAUGGUUCAAGCGAAAAGAUUCUACCUACAUAGAGAAAGAAAGAAUUAUUAGGAUUGGCGACUCGUCUUACAACAGAUCGUUCAAUUACGCAGAUAACAUUAUUAUCACGAGCAAAUAUUCCAUCUUCACUUUCCUGCCCAAAAAUUUAAUCGAGCAAUUUCAACGUAUCGCCAACGCCUACUUUUUGGGACUCUUAAUUUUACAAUUGAUUCCUCAGAUAUCUUCAUUGACUCCCAUAACAACGGUUAUCCCAUUAGUUUGUGUGCUAUCACUCACGGCUCUUAAAGACGGGAUCGAUGAUUUAAGACGACACCACAAUGAUAAGUUAGUGAAUAAUAGGGAAUCAUUCGUUUUGCGAAACGGGCAAAUUAUCGAAGAAAGAUGGCGGAAGGUCGAAGUUGGCGACAUUCUUAAGCUUACCAACGACCAAUUCGUGGCGGCUGACAUGUUAUUGAUAAGUUCUAGCGAACCGAACGGCUUGUGUUAUAUAGAAACCGCUGAAUUGGACGGAGAAACGAAUUUAAAAUGUCGCCAAGCUCUACCCGAUACCGCGGUAUUGGAAGAUAAUCUCAACGAAAUGGAGAAUCUCAAAGCCGAAAUAUUAUGCGAACCUCCUAACAAUAGGCUCAAUAAAUUCGAAGGAACAAUUACGCUAAAAGGAAAAACGCUUCCCUUGGACAACGAUCAAGUUCUAUUGCGGGGAUGCGUUCUCAGGAAUACCAAAUGGUGCUACGGAACCGUUCUGUUCGCCGGUAAGGACACGAAACUGAUGCAAAAUAGCGGAAAGGACACUUUUAAACGCACAUCUAUCGAUCGUCUCGUUAAUGUUCUCAUAAUCGGGAUAUUCAUAUUCUUGGUGAGCAUAUGUUUAUUUACUGCCAUAGCUCACGGAAUUUGGCAAAGCCAAGUUGGAAUAUACUUCAGGGUCGUCCUACCCUGGGCAAGCUUUAUUUCCCCUCAAUACGUGGAGGUGGGCAUCAUAGCCAUAUCGUCUCUCACUUUCCUGUCCUACCUGAUAUUGCUAAAUACCUUGGUGCCUAUAUCGCUUUACGUUAGCGUAGAGAUGAUACGUAUAGCUCAUAGUUUUUGGAUAAACUGGGACGUCAAGAUGUACGACACCAAGAGUGGAACUGCUGCGAAAGCUAGAACCACAACCCUCAACGAAGAAUUGGGACAGAUUCAAUAUAUAUUUUCUGACAAAACGGGAACACUUACUCAAAAUAUAAUGUGUUUCAAAAAAUGUUCCGUUCUUGGACAACUCUAUGGAUACGUUCAAGACGACAAAGGAAAUAUCCUCUCUCCUAGCGAAAAAGAUAAGAGCGUGGACUUCAGUCAAAAUCCUUACUACGAACCCAAAUUCAAAUUUUACGACCAAAGAUUAGUCGAUCACAUCGCGAACGGGGACCCUCACGCGAUUCGGCUUUUCACGCUGCUAGCCUUAUGUCAUACCGUAAUGCCAGGCGAAAAGAAUGGUCAAUUGGAGUAUCUAGCACAGUCACCAGAUGAAGGCGCCUUAGUUUCAGCCGCUAGAAAUUUUGGCAUCGUUUUUAAGUCUAGAACUCCUAAAACCAUAACUAUAGAAAGAAAUGGAAAGGAAAUUAUUUACCAGCUUUUAGCCAUAUUCGAUUUCAACAACGUUCGCAAACGCAUGUCUGUGAUAGUCAAAAAGGAGGGGAAAAUAACUUUGUAUUGCAAGGGAGCGGAUUCGGUUAUAAUUGAACGUUUAGACCCUAGCGAUGUUCAAUCUAUUAUUUCCACAACCUUGGAUCAUUUAACUAAAUUCGCGGUUGAAGGUCUGAGAACGCUGUGCCUCGCAUAUAAAGACAUUAAUCCUUCCAUAUAUAGGACAUGGGAGAAGAAAUAUGAAAAAACUAACGCCUGCCUAACAGAUCGCGAGGCAAGACUCGACCUGCUUUACGAAGAAAUGGAAAAAGAUUUGCAUCUCAUAGGAGCGACCGCGGUAGAAGAUAAAUUGCAAGACGGGGUUCCGGAAACCAUAGCUAACUUGCUCAGGGCUGGUAUUAGGAUAUGGGUUUUGACGGGAGAUAAACAAGAAACGGCCAUAAACAUAGGUUACUCCUGCCAACUCCUCAAUGACGAUGUGGAGGAAAUAUACGUGAUAGAUGGGCAACACUUCGAAGAGGUCGAGCGGGAACUCUCCUGCGUGCGCAAAACAGCCUCUGUAGCCUCUCUCAUUUCCGCCACUCCUUCCUCUGCCUCCUCUAUCAACCAUCCCAGGGAUAAAUCCGUGGCGUCAUCUCAAAACAGUAGUAAAAAGCAGGAAAAAAAGGGCUUCUGGAGUAGGUUAGGCGCUUACAUCUCGCCCUCCACGUCUUUGCCUGCUGGCAAAGGAGGCAAGUAUUUAGAAGCAGUGGGCAACGGGACAAGUGACCAUAUUAUGAGGAGUAGCUACGAUCAAUGGGAGGAAUGGAAUGAUAGAAUACGUCGGAACUUUUAUUGGCUUAUAGCUCCCCCUUCUUACAACUACAAUUAUAAUUACACUAACCAAGCUACCCAAAUUGAUAAUGCUAUUAAAGCUCCAAUCAAUAUGGCAGCUUCGAAAGCCACAUUAAAUGAUCCAAGUUGCCCAACUAUUUCCAUUACCACCGCAGUCGCCGCAAUCGAUAGUGAAAUGACCUUGGCUCCCAUUCGCGGGCGAGAGAAAUUUCAAACGCGCUCUGCAGCUUAUGCUACCUCUACACAUCCUACCGUUGUCGGAGCCAAGAAGAAAAAAGGUGGAAAUGGGAAUACUAUGAGUGGACCUACCGGCUUACGACAGCCCGAGAUAGAGGGCAUGCGAAUAGACGUUAGCGUUACUCCGCCUCAUUCGGAUACCUCCCUUUACCAUCGAUUCAACCAAAAUAACAAUAAUAACGAUAUAAUCGAUCACCCACCACGCAAACCAAACCUCAAUCACAAUGCCGACCCUUCUAACAACGGCGGUGCCUUAAGACCGGAAAACAAUAGCACAGGGGCAGUCGGAGGUCGAAAAUCGCCUGUAAGCCCUUACGAAUCUCGCUUAAGAUAUCCCGCCCGCUCCUCUCCCGUCCCACCCGCUAAUCAAUCAAUUCCCGAAGAACGCUCCGUUUUUAAUUACGAUUCUCCUUUCCUUCCAACACCGAGCUCUCCACCUUACUCCUCCAAGGAAGAGGAGUCCAUUAAGGAUGAAGACAUAUCAGUCAGAGAUGGAAGUGGGAGAUUGGAUAGCCCGCCAUCUGUCAUAAAUCAGGGCCAUAGUUACCAAAAACCUGCCAUUUUCGCUCUAGUCAUAAGCGGCCAUAGUUUGGUUCACGCUCUAGAUCCACGACUGGAGGCCGAAUUUAUAGAGUUAGGCAGCGCUGCUAUGGCCGUGAUAUGUUGUCGCGUCACGCCCCUUCAAAAGGCUAUGGUAGUCGACGUAGUGCGAAGGCGUAAGCAAGUCACCACGCUGGCCAUAGGCGACGGGGCAAACGAUGUCAGCAUGAUUAGGACGGCCAAUAUAGGUGUAGGCAUAAGCGGGCUCGAAGGUAGGCAAGCCGUGUUGGCGGCGGAUUUCGCCAUAGCUCAGUUCCGAUUUCUCGAGAGACUUAUAUUGGUUCACGGUAGGUGGUCCUACUUUAGGAUGACGAAAUUUUUGCGUUACUUCUUCUACAAAAACUUCGCUUUCACGCUUUGCAGUUUUUGGUACGGAUUCUUUUGCGGCUUUUCCGCUCAGUCACUAUUUGAUCCUUGGUUCAUUUCGUUUUACAACCUCUUUUAUACAUCGUUGCCCGUCUUGGCUUUAGCCUUUUUCGAACAGGACGUAGACGAGGAAAUGUGCCUGAGGUAUCCUCAACUCUACCGCUCCAGCUUGGGUAACAAACUUUUCAACAAGAAAAUAUUUGCUCAAAGCAUUCUCCACGGCAUAGUCACUUCCUUUAUCUUGUUCAUUAUUCCAUAUUUCGCAUUUUUAGAUGGGAUGUCUAGCCAAGGUAAGGAGACGGGACUUUUCGUUUUCGGAAUCGUUGUUUCCACUUCCCUCAUAUUUACCGUUAGUUUACAAGCUGGGUUGGACACUACCUACUGGACCGGUUUCAACCACUUUGUUAUAUGGGGCAGCAUAAUAUUCUACCUGGCAAUGCAUUUUCUCAUGUACAGCCCAAUUUUCAAUAGGACAUACGUAGGCGUUAUGCUAGCGGCCACGGGUCAGCCCAAGUUUUGGUUCACUAUCAUGCUAACCGUUGCUAUUUUAAUCUUACCGGUGCUGGCUAUUCGCGUAUUUUUUUGUGACACUCGACCUAAUUUAUCCGAUCGCAUUCGCUAUGCUCAACGCAUUUACAACUCACAUAAGCGUAUGCAACAGAAAAAGGCCUCGCGAUUACGAUCACAACAAGAUAAACACGUUACCACGCACAAAUUUUUCUCUUCCUUUCCUCUAGGGCUGUUUCCUCCUCCCCACUUCUAUAAUGUAGGCGGGUUUAAGGCCGAUUUGCCGCGUACCGGUUCGAGUCGUACCGGGCCAGGUCGGGCCAGCAUUAGAACCGGGUACGCUUUUGCCCACGAACAAGGCUUCGGAGAUCUCAUCAUCAAAGGAACAUCUUUCAGGCCUCUCAGAGGUUCUUUUUCUGCUACAGCUCAUGGUCUCAAUCCCAAGGACCAAGGCACAAACGAUGAUGCAAAUGAUACCGAGGGGCAAACAACUAGUACGAUCGCAAAAUUUAGCAAAAGUGUCGAAAUUAAUUCCCAACAACCGUUGUCCCCUUUGCGACUAUUGGAUCAAAGGCAGGAAGAAUCCACAAUAUCACCUAAGAGAAAUCUUUUGACUUUCCUUCCCAAAAGUCCCACCUCCUCUUCUGCCACCGUCAUACUGCCCGAUAAUGACCAGCCUGGUAUUAAGGUAUUAAAAUAUCGUCCUAUUGGAACCUCUUUCACUUCCGGUCAAAAAAAAGAAACCCCCACUCAUCAAGCCAAACCCGGUGACAAAUCAUCUUCUUCGCAUAUGAUAACCGAACUUUAAAAACAUCGAAUAUAACAUAUUUUUUCGAAUCUCAAAUAAAACAAAUUUCUCAAAAAAUAGAUAAAUCUUCAACUAUAAUAACACGAAUAAUAAACGACGUUUAUUUUAUAGCCAGUGUUAAUAGUCUUUGGAAACGAUUAUAAAUUGGUGAUAUUUUUUAUUUCUUAAAAAAAAGAUGUGAUUUUAUUUUUUUGUUUGAAUGUGCAUACAUAUAUAUAUAUAUCACAUGUAAAUUAUAUGAAUUUGUCGCAAACUAAUUAUACAUAUACAAUAAUUAACACUUUUUAUUAUAAUAUUUUAUUCCACUAGUUAACAAUCAUAUUUUUUUUAAAUAACAUUUAUCAUUUUAUUCAAACCAUCGCAAAUUCAUUCUUGUCAUACAUGUUAUUAAAAAAUGUCUAAAAAUAAGUAUUAACUUCUUUAUUAUUAUUAUACAUUAUUUUUUUUAUCUAUCAUUUAAGUCUAUUUUUUUUAUAUAAAAAUUGAAAUCUAUAUUUAAAUGUCAAACAAAUCUUUUUUAUAUCAGAAUUUAGCUUAUAUUAUUUCAAUAAAACCUAUUUUUUUUAAAAAAAAACCAUCUUUUUCUAAAAAAUUAAAGUAAUUUUUUAUAGAAAACUUAGCUCAAUUUUAAUAUUUACAAGGCAAUGAUUACUUAAAAUGAAAUGAUACUUUAAACUCACAAAAUACGAAUCUACUCAACCUCUUUUUUUAAAAAAAAAAUCUUAUUCCUUUUUAAAUAAAUAAAAAAUAUAUGAUAAUAAUAAUUUAUAUAUUUAUUUGAUGUUAAAUAACACGUUAGUUUGCGUACAAAUUUGUUAAUAAAAUAAAUUUUUGAAAUUGAAUGUAUAAAAAAAAAUCGUUAGAAAAAUACUAUAAUAUGUAUAUUGUUUUUUUUUAAUGAAACUUAUUUUAAAAAAGUGGCCAUCUCUGGAGGACAAUUUUCUGGAAAUCAUAUAUAGUAUACGCUGAAUGUGAUUAUUUUAAAUAAAAAUAAUUUUGUCAUAA